AUGGCGUCAGGCGGCCAUAUGCAUAACUUUACCACCCUCAUCAAGCGGCUCGAGGCAGCCACCUCCCGCUUGGAGGAUAUGGCGAUGUCACUCGAUGACCCCAGCUCACCACAAUCUAUGGGCGGCGCUUCAUCUUCUGUGCCCGCUACUCCCGAACCCCCCAAGCCCGCCCCUCCCCCACCCGCAGCUCCUGUGGCAGCUCCGGUCCCGCCGCAGAUCGAAGACUUCGAUGCCUUGAUCAAGGGCGAUGUUCAGAACUUUGUGAACCUGGGCGAGAAGAUUGGCGGUCUGGUUGCCGAGCAGUCGAAAGCCGUCAUGCAAGCCUUCAAGGCCGAGCGCACCUAUCUUUACGUUGUCACAAAGGCCAAGAAGCCCGAUACCCAGCCCCCAGAGCUGAUGACCGAUUUGCACAAGGCCUCGGACAGCAUCAAUAACAUCCGCGAGUCAAACCGUGCGUCUCCGUUGUUCAACCACCUCAGCGCUGUCGCAGAGGGCAUUGUUGCGCUCGCCUGGUUCUUUGAAAGCAAGCCCGCUGAAUUCGUCGCGGACAUGAUUGGUGGCAUUGAUUACUACGGAAACAAGGUGUUGAAGGAGUACAAGGACAAGGACCGUACGCAUGUCGACUAUAUCAAGGCCUACACCCAGAACUUCAAGUCUCUCGCCGAAUACCUCAAGAAGCACUUCCCCAAGGGCCUGACUUGGAACAACGAGAAUGGAAUUGACGCUCUGGAAGCUUUGAAGCAGGCAAAGGGCGGACCUUCUUCCCCCGCUGGCGGUGCUCUUCCUCCUCCUCCCCCUCCUCCAGUUCCUUCUCUCAACGUGCCCCGCGGUGGUGCUCCUCCCCCACCACCUCCCCCUGGCAUUCCUCCCGCUCCCGCCCCUGCAGCCCCGGCUCCCGACAUGGGCGCUGUGUUCGACCAGCUCAACCAGGGCGAGGCUAUCACCUCCAGCCUCCGCAAGGUGGACAAGUCAGAGAUGACCCACAAGAACCCCGGCUUGCGCGCUAGCUCGACCGUCACAGAGGGCUCCAGCGCCAACCGCGGGAAGUCGCCUGCACCCAGCAAGAAGCCUAAGCCCGAGAACAUGCGCACCCGUAAGCCGCCUCGCAAGGAACUCGAGGGCAACAAGUGGCUCAUCGAGAACUUCGACAACCCCGGUGAUAUCAUUGAGAUCCCUGCCCAGCAGAACCAGUCUAUCCUGAUCACUCGCUGCAACAAGACCAUCAUCAAGGUCACCAACAAGGCCAACGCCAUUGCUAUCGAUAACUGUAAUGGUCUCUCUCUCAUCGUUGACUCACUCGUCAGUAGUCUUGAUGUUAUCAAGUGUCCCAAGUUCGCUCUCCAGAUCGACGGCACUGCCCCUACCCUGCUCUUGGACCAGGUUGACGGCGCUGCCGUUUACCUUGGCCCUCAGAGUCUCAACACUGAGAUCUUCACCAGCAAGUCCUCUGCCAUCAACAUCAACCUUCCUCCUAAGGAGGGCACUGAUGAGGACACCAAGGAAUGCCCUCUGCCCGAGCAGUUCAAGAGCUACAUCAAGGAUGGUGUGCUCGUGAGCGAGAUCGUUGAGCAUGCCGGUUAA